AUGUGCUUCGUCUGGCUCCGGCGCCGACGCCAUGAUGGUGACGACGACGCGAAACCCAUCGGCCGAAGUCUGACCAUGCCCAUCUUCUCUCGGACCAACAAGGAAACCUAUCCGGCAAUUCGCACUCUUGUCAACAUAUCUACCCUUGCCGGGCCGACGAGAUCUUCUACUCGCACGCCAGAAUUCCCCUCUCAAUCCGCGCUUACGAGGGCCCUUCCCCGACUCAAUGUCAAAGGCAUCAACGGUGUCAACUCCGCCCCCGACAUUGACCAAAUCAUAUCCCCCGUCCUAGGGCGUACUUCUGUGCCUGGAUUUGAGGGCCGUAUUUCUGGCAAUGUCGACCUGACUCUUGCCUGCAUGGCCAAGUUAGACUGCGCCUUCGACGAUAUCCCCAAGCGCCGCUCUCUCAUAUUGCGUGACGACGCCAUCUCCAGGGCACAGUUCGCCGCCUGGCUGGAGCAUAUCCAAGGAGAGUCCCCCCAAGAUAUCGAACGAUUCUUGCCAAAGGACAAAGACCGCUUUAUCCAGGGCGAAUUCCUUGAAGCUUGGGUCAUGCGUUUUGGCUGGGAUGCUGAGAGGUCAGUCCGGUCGACCGACAAGGACACGAGCCGCCCCAUCACCAACUACUACAUUAGCAGCAGCCAUAACACCUACCUCGAAGGAAACCAGCUGGCCUCGCGUAGCUCGCCGGAGGCUUACACUGCCGUCUUGUCUCGCGGGUGCCGGUGCAUCGAGAUAGACGUUUGGGAUGGCGACACUUUCACCCCGGCCCAGGAGGAGGUCAUUAGUACCGGCAAGGUGAAGCGGGAGCAUAGUCGCAGCCUCUCGGGUUCCUCUCUGCCUAACGUCGCCGCUCAGGUCAUCGGGACUGUCAUGGGCGACCGUUCCUCUGUCCACAGCCGAAGCCCUAGCACCCAAAGCAAAGCAACCUUCUCUGGCCCAGACAACACGCCGAAGUUAUCCAACGCGAACCCGAAGGAUUUCACCAACUCCGCCGGUUCUGCCGGCGCAACAACAACACCCGCGCAAUCACCUAGACCUCCGUCCGCUAGGUUCCGGCAGGGGUACCCCAAGAACGAGCCUAUCGUUACUCACGGCUGGACGUUGACCACCCCCUGCGGCUUCCGCGAGGUGUGUGUAGCCAUCCGCGAGUCUGCCUUCCAGACCAACGACCUUCCCGUCAUCGUCAGCCUCGAGGUUCAUGCCGACCACCAACAGCAGGAGCUCAUGGUUGACAUUAUGAAGGAGGAGUGGGGGGACUUGCUCGUCGACAAGCCGUUCGAUGGGGUAGAUCAGCGAUUCCGGGUCCCCACUUUGGGCGAGCUUAGACGGAAAAUCCUCAUAAAGGUCAAGAAGCCGCCCAAAGUGAUCGAUGCACCCGACAGUGCGCUCGCCCCAUCGGCUUCCCUGGCUCAGGAUGAAGCCGGUUCGGCUUCCGACGAGGAGACUGAUGAGCAGCAGCUCAACCGUCUGGCACCUCCGGGCGCCGCACCUGGAAAAACCCCGCCGCUGGGCAGCCCAGGGAAACCGCGCAAACCUCCCAUCGUACCCAUCUGUACGAAGCUGGGCGACCUCGCCAUUUACACCCACAGCGAACGCUUCAAGUCCUUUGACGUGGUGUCCAAGAAACCGAGCCACAUGUAUUCGAUUUCUGAGAGCCGCAUCCUCGAGCUGCACGAAACCCACCCUCGGGAGAUGUUCACCCAUAAUAAGAAUUACUUCAUGCGCGCGUUUCCUAACGGCGCGCGUGUUGACAGCUCCAAUCCGGACCCCAGCCCCUUCUGGCGCAAAGGCGUCCAACUAGUCGCGCUGAACUGGCAAUACCUCGACGAAGGAAUGAUGCUGAACGAGGGCAUGUUCGCCGGCGAACAGGGCUGGGUCCUCAAACCUCCCGGCUACCGCAGCUCCGAUAGGGAUUGCUUUACGCAGGCCGAUGUACCCCCCGCCGGAACCCUCAUGCUCUCCAUUGCGGUGUUGUCGGGCCAGCACGUCUGGGUGCCAAGUUCAUCCGAAAUUGACGCCAGCCGUAGCGGGAGCCAACUGCGUCCAGUCGUCAAGUGCGAGCUUCACGUCGAGAAACCCGAGAUUAUGGGAGGCAGCUUCAACAAGACCGGCGAUCAAGUGGCGAACGCUCAAGCACAAGCUAAGUUCAAACUCGCGACGAGCGCCAGGAGGACAGACCACCCGGACUGGGGCGACAGAGGCGAUCUCCUCAGUUUCCCCCUCGUGCCCAACGUGGUUCAGGAGCUUAGCUUUGUCAGGUAA